UCGUUUUCUGGACGAGAUUGCGAUGUGCUCGUUGAUGCGCUGUCAACUUCGUCGUUCGUUCUCCACAUCUAACAAGCGUCCGUCAAGACAAACGCUACGAGAGAGGUUGGCGUCUGGACCUUCAUUGGCCCACUUCGUCAACGCUACCGAUCCCCACGUCAGCGUUUCGACAACCGAAAGCAACAUGGCGGUGCUUGACGACCUUAUGGCACAAUUGCAGCGUGGGGUAUGACCUUAUGCAUGGUAGACAUCUGCAUGCCCUGAUUGCGUUAUGCAGGAACGCGAGGAUCAUCUUGUCGACACAUUUGGUCGCGUGCACAACUACCUCCGCAUCUCCCUCACUGAGCGGUGCAACUUGCGAUGCCAGUACUGCAUGCCCGAAGACGGCGUGCCAUUGCAACCAUCUUCGGACCUCCUCUCCGCGGCCGAGAUCCUUCGACUCACGACAUUGUUUGCCCAAGCGGGUGUGUCAAAGCUUCGACUUACAGGCGGCGAACCCCUCAUUCGACCAGACAUUGUGCCGCUGGCCGCGGCCCUGCACGCCAUUCCCGGCAUCGAUUCUCUGGGCAUCACGACCAACGGCUUGGUGCUGUCGAAGCACCUCGCGGCGCUGUGCGCACUGCCAGCGCGGCUCAACAUCUCGCUCGACACAUUGAACGAAGCCAAGUUUGCCAAGAUCACGCGCCGCAACGGGUUCCAAAGGGUGUGGGCGGCAAUUGAAGCGGCAGUAGCGGCAUCCCCCGUGCAAGUUAAGCUGAACUGCGUAGUCAUGCGCGACUUCAACCUGGACGAAGUGGCGGAUUUUGUACGGCUGACAGCGCGUCUAAACGUGGACGUGCGCUUUAUCGAGUGGAUGCCGUUCGACCAGAACCGGUGGAACGACCAGACCUUCGUCCCCUUUGCAGAGAUGCUAGCGGGUCUGCAUGCCGCCUUCCCCGGCAUCGCCCCCCUGGACAACCACCCGAACGACACGUCCAAGUCGUUUGCGCUGCCCGACGCCCCCGGCAGGUUCAGCUUCAUCACGAGCAUGAGCGAGCACUUUUGUGGCGGCUGCAACCGCCUGCGCCUCACCGCCGACGGCAACCUCAAGGUGUGCCUCUUUGGAAAUGCCGAGGUGAGUCUGCGAGAUGCCAUGCGCCACGGAGGGUACUCGGACGACGACCUGCUUCUGGUCAUCCAAGCCGCCGUCAAGCGGAAAAAGUUUGCACUCGGAGGCCAUCGAGACAUGCAUGGCAUUGCCAAGGCCCAGAACCGACCCAUGAUCCUCAUCGGUGGCUAGACGUUAGCCGUACUACAAAAUGUGUGCUUGAAGAACUCUCGUAAAUGUCAAAUCGAUUCAAAACUGGACCUUACAGACAACGAAAUAAAUAUAGAUCCGCCUAAACCAAU